AUGUCAACAACAGAUGUUCGCGAUGAAGCUAGCGAGGAGGGGUCGUUUUACGCGUAUUUUGGCCCGGAGUACCGAGGGCGCCUGCUCUUCUUCCGCGUACCGGUUAUUGAGGAACCCGGGAGGGUCGAUACCGUCGUCUCGGAGCUCUACAGGCUGAACGAGGAGCCAUCGGCGAAACCUGGUGAAACCGCUCGGACGGCAUUCUUGCACCCAGUACCGGAGCCCGAGGGAAUCGUACCACAGUCAACACCGCAAGUGAUGGAGUUGUUUUUCCAGUUUUUCGUGGACUCGCUUGAGCCUCGAGGCCAUUUCUCCAGGAUGAGUGAGAGGCUCAGUUCCACUUUCACCUUUGCGCCAGCCGCACAAUUCCCGCACGUGCAGACGCUGAACGAGCUUAAGAAUAUACUGACACGCCUCCCUAUCAUUCCACAAGGCACCGUGGAAGCCAUCGUCACGGACUAUCCUUUUGUCUUUGCGAAUCCCACCUGGGAAGAUGAUCCAGACCUCGUGAAUAAAGUGGCAGUACCGGACGAGUAUCUCAACCGCUUUUUGGUGUCAGACGAACCCUUGGACAGAAUCCCACCGGGUAACAAGGAUGAUCCGUACAAUAUCCUGGAUUCUCAAGUAUACCGCAUUCAGCUCUGGAAAAACCUCAAAGUCAACCGACUGUUCGACUCGACCACUUUGCGGAUCAUCCAGUCGAUUGCAUCCAUGCAAACUUUGGGUACUUACUCUUUAGAAUUUGCUCGAGAGCUGAAACGCUACGUCGAGUUCCUCUCGUCACUGAACUCGAUCGCCGUCACUUUACACGACGGCGCUUUCUCGAUAGCUGACGCUGCGAAGCAAAUUAAUCGGCCGGCCUACUUGAACUCCUGUGAUUUCGUUUCAGACGCUGUGCUGCAGUCCGGUCCGUACUCCAAAGAGUACCACGCUGCGCGCAUCGUCAGCCAGUCUUUCCUUUGGACUGCAUGGCAGCGUGCAACCAUGCUCCUGUUCUACCUCGCGCUGGUUGCUAUACUCAACGGGGAGAAGCCGGACCAGUGGCUGGAUCUCCUGUCCGUCGCCGGCUUCGACUUGAUGGAGAAUAUCGUGUCGGAGAUAGAAGACGCAGUCGCGGAUACUACAGAGCUUGGGUAUCUCUGCAACUGGACGUUCGAGCUCCUCCGAACGAAUCGCGCAUCCCUCACCCUGGACUUCCGCACCUUGUUCCAUCGCCUGAUCGCCAAGUUCGACGGACCUGCUCUUUGGUAA